AUGUCGCUGCUUGUCAUUUGCUUCAUUUUUGCUGCUUUGGUGACUGAAUCAGUGAAUUCGCAAGGGGACUGCGAUUGUGAAAAUGAUUACGAACCUCCAUUCUGUGAAACAAUAACCGCAGUAAACGAAAGAUAUUGUUAUACAAAUGGAAAGCUCACUGAUGCACUGACAUUGCAAGGUAUUCACUGUGCAAAAAACUGUGGUACAUGUUGUAAACUACAACGAUUUCAAUGCAGUGAUAUGCCUGUGCAUUUGGAUUGUAACUACGUGAAAACAAGUGGUUUGUGUGGAAGUUCAAACGGAGCAGUUAGCGGUCUGAUCAAUAUGGAAUGUGCAAGAACUUGUGGAACUUGUGGACAGGAGUGUGUGGACAGCAACCCAAUCCUUUGCAGUAUUAUGAAAUCAAGCUGUCAGAGUUCUGAAUCUCAGAGGUUAUGUCCGAAGACGUGUGGAGUCUGCGAACCAGCGAAUGUUUGCUUCGACAUGGGAAACUUUUGUUCAAACUUGAGAGACAGCUGUAAUGAUCCAAAGCUGAUGCCUCUGAUGAUGACCUCUUGCAACAAAACUUGCAACUUUUGUGACGCUCAGCCAUCCGAAGUUCCGCCACAGCCGACGUCGCCUUCAGUUGCUGGGCCUUGUGCAAACACUGAUCCAAGGUGUCCUACUUGGGCAGCCAAUGGAUUCUGCAGCAAUCCAUUUUAUGCACCUCAAGUUGGCAACUGCAGGAGGUCAUGUAAUUUGUGUCAAUAA